UAGUCUGCCACAAACUGCAACCGAAGAAGAGAAGAGAGCAGUUCGUGUUCCAAAUAUGGAUGAAACCACGGAACCGAAGCCGAGUGCCGGUGCUGUUAGCUGACUGACCGCGGCGGUGAGCAGAGCGGGAGUGGAAGCAAGUGUGCUAAAUGGUUAACUCGGAAGGAACUGUAAGAAAAUGUCAGUGAAGUGUCCUCUUUCACCACCACCUCCUCCACCUCCUCCUGCCCCUGGUCCUCCUCCACCAGCUCCUUCAACUUCGACACGCAAGAAGCUUUAUCAGACCAUAGCCAGCAGCAGGAGUCCUGUAGAGGGGGACAACACAGAGGCGUGUUUACUGCUCAGUCAGAGGGACAGCAGUUUCAGGAAGGACCUGCAGUGGAUUCUGGUGAACACAUACGUGCCGUCUCUCAUCCAAGAUGGUCCACAGUGUGGUCUGGUGGCACUGUGGAUGGCUGCUCACCUUCGACGGCCAGCGCUCAGUGUUGACAUGGAAACUGUGGUUCAGACGGCACGGAGCAGGGGAUACACAGCACAGGGUGAAAUGUUUUCAGCUAACAACAUGGCCCUCCUGGCAGAAGAGAUCUGUGGCUGUAAGGCUGAACUGCUGUCUGGAGGUUUAAGUGGUAACAACGCUGCAACCAUCGUCAAACACCUGUGGGAGAGACAGCCUGUGCUCAUCCCAUACGAUGAGGACUAUAACCAUGAGCCAUGUCAGCGCAGUGGCCACAGGGCACACUGGGCAGUUGCCUCAGGUGUUCUCCUCGGUUUGGAUCAGGGAAGUGUUAGUGAAAAGCACCAUCAGACUGAUCCCAGUCUGCCGUGGCUCCACCUGCUUAACGACACCAGUUUCACUUGUCCCGUUGGUAGUUCAGGAUUUCGAGAGGUUUACGUCCUGGCUAAGCAGGGGAAAAGUCUGCGCUACCAGCUGUGGAGCCUGGACAGUUUAGCUCAGAGCAAUGUGCAACUGAGGACUAUGGAUCCACAGAGAGCUGAUGACGGGACACAGUAUGUGGUCCCUGACGGUGGUGUGGAGGCCGGGCUGGCUGGACAGGCGGUGCUGCUCCACACAAGGACACAGGAGCAGUAUAAGAAGUGUGAGUGACCCUUCUCACCAAAAGGACCCUGCUGCAGCGAAAGUGUUGGAUGCCAAAAUGCACUGUGUGUGUGUGUGUGUGUGUGUGUGAUCCUACAGUAAAUCACAUUGGACAUACAGUAGGAACAGUCUCUCUCAGGUAUAAAACAAUAUUUUUUAAAUGUAUUCACCUGGGCUUUACAAAAGACUUUAAUACAAUGACGGUAUUGUAUGUUGCACGAUUGGUGAUCCUAACGGGGAGUGUUGAUAUGACAAUAUAUUUAGUGUGAGAUAUUAAUAAAAAGAGAAAAUCAGGAAGCCAUCUCUUGGUAAUAAACAAGAGUCUUAGAUUCUUAGAUCUUAGAUUAUCUUUUCCUCAAAAACAUGAUUUAAAUUUUAGAUGACCUUAUUAUAUUUCCUCAUGAGGUUUUUACUAUUUAUCCAUACCCAUAUAUUGCAAACCAUAUAGCAUUAUAUAUGGUGUGCUCCUUAUAGUUGGGUGGAGUAAUGACAGUGACUUGAUGAUGCAGAGACACAGAUGCGCUCGGGCUGCUACUAACAAUUAUUUUGCAUAAAGGUUAAUCUGUAUUUAUUAUUUUCCCUGUUAAUCAGGAAAUGUCUGUUAUGUGGAGCAAAGGAACCUGAAAAUAUUCACAAUUAAGAAGCAUCAUUAAAAAAAACACUCAUACCGACUUAAUCCAUUAUCAAAAUAGGUGACAAUAAAUUAAGUAAUCAAUUGAAAUCGUUGUUUCAACACUAUUGUAUUUAUUAUGCUGGGGGCAUAGGUUCUGUGUCAGUCCUAUGCACAAUUAUAUUUCCAUGUUUGUGACGGGUUUGAGAUUCGAAAAAAAAAAGAGGAAAAACUCAAAACUCUUAAUUUCCAGUUUAUUGCAAUCCACGACCUUCUGAACAAAGCAGGGAUUCAUUAACCAUUUUCAGCAGUCUGUCUCUGUUUUACAACUUAAAAAUGCAUGGCCUUUACAAAAUGUGGCUGUGAAUCCAGUUCUCUUACUAAUAAAGCAGCACCCACUCUGUAAAGCUGAUAGUUUGACAUUUUACAAAUAUAGAUUUGCAGGUAAAGAGAUAAAAUAUUUUGUAAACAUCUUUAUUCCUCUCAUAUGUGUAUUUCAUUUAAAGAUGGAAAAAACUAGUUUCCUGAAUUUUAAAUUUCAAUAUCAUGAGGUCAGCAGUCAACACCCAUGUAGACAGUUUGUGUGCCAGUCCAAAUGUCCACACACUCAUUCACACGCCCACACUCACAGUGCUGCAUGACACAGUCCAAGGACAUCUAGGAGACUGUUGUGUCCACUGACCUGCUGCGUUCUAGUCCAGGAAAUUACAAUCGUCCAAAUUUAUCAUAAACUCCAGAUCUUGUGUACAAAAAUUCAAACCCACAAAGUGAGGUUUACAACAUGUUUGACAGCAACAGCCUCACAUCCAAUAACACGUUAUCCUCUGAAUCAUAAGACAUGUUUCAAGAUCAGGUGUAAGUUGGUACACAAAUGAAAUUUCAUGAAUAGACUAAAAAAACAAAACCUUAUCAGUUCAAUCGAGUAAUUCCAGUUUCAUUUCACCCUUUACACCACUUCUUUUUUUUUUUU